AUGCGUACCAAGCGUGACCCAAUGUUGAAGUAUAUGGCUAAUGUUGUGGAUUUCGGGGAACAUAGUAACAAUGAAAUCCAACGGACAGUGCUACCACGAACAGAAUCUGGUUAUAAAGAGACGUUACUUAUUUUUGACAAAUUUGUCGAAUUACAUCCACAUUCUAUUAUUCCGCCGGACAUCUAA